GCGACAAUCUUUCCCAAGGUGAUGCUUACUCGAACAGUCUCGGCCAGGUGCAACGUGAUCCCGCGUACAAAGCAUUCGCAUUCACGACCUAGGACGGGACCCGAGUUUUCCCCCUUUUUCGACGCUCGUCGUAUUUUCGCCGAUGCACGCCGUUUGGCAAAGUGACCCACCAACGCGAGCAAGUAGCCAUUAAAGAAACAGAAUGAACGAGCGAGGAGGACGAAGAGCGAAGUAAAUAAAGAGAAGACUGCCAGCCAAUCGUUGGGGACUACUGACAAGUUAAAAACAGCCGAAGGUUGUCCAAAAGCUCGCACCCGCUUUAUCCUAACGCGAAUAAUACGACCGUAGAAAGUCACGAGUAUCGGUUUCGGCGUUCAUCGAGACAGACCGCUGAUCAGGGUGGGGUCUUUGACUCGCCGCGGUUGAUUUACGAACCGGAAGAUGAUUUAUCGCGAGUGCGGCUUGGAAAGUGGGUGACAGUGAGAAUUCGCGCUUGCACAGGCUGCACGUGACACGAGAUUUUCGCAUGAUCGGGAGGGGAGAAUCAGAAUGAACUCGGGACGAGACGAAAGAUCCACCGCCACCGACAAGCGGUGACGUUGCCGCUAGCUAGUCCAUAAAUAUUAUUUGUGUUCCGUCGCGUAGUCGCGCUAGUUCGAUUGACGCGUGGCAGACUGUUCGCGCGAGAGGCGGAAAUUUAUUCGGACGGGGAGAAAAGCUCGAGCGAGGUUGGAAUUAAAAGGCUUAGGCGAAAUUAGAGAGAAGCGCGUCGUCGUCGCGACUCCGAAGAGGAGGAACACGGCUCGCGGGCUAGCUCGGUUCCCGGAGACGAACGUAAAUUUAAGAGGUGCUUCGUACCGAGUCAGGUGCGGUCGUUGUUAAUCGGUAAAAUUAGUGGACGUAACGUUGCCCGACAUGGCGGACACGGAGAAGAAAUACACCACGGCCUAUGGGAAGUUGCGAAGACUGACGAGCACCAUAGACGGUCAAAUCCGACAGAUAAGCUCUGAAUAUGGACUCACGGAGGAUCAAGUGGCCGAAUUCAAGGAGGCGUUUAUGCUGUUUGACAAGGACGAGGAUGGCACCAUCACGAUGGCAGAGCUCGGCGUGGUCAUGCGAUCGUUGGGACAGAGGCCGUCUGAAACGGAACUACGGGAUAUGGUGAACGAGGUGGAUCAAGAUGGCAACGGUACCAUCGAGUUCAACGAAUUCCUGCAAAUGAUGUCGAAGAAGAUGAAGGGUGCGGAUGGAGAGGACGAAUUGCGCGAAGCAUUCAGAGUAUUCGACAAGAAUAAAGACGGCCUGAUCUCGUCGACGGAACUGCGACACGUGAUGAUGAAUCUCGGAGAGAAAUUAUCGGAGGAAGAAGUGGACGACAUGAUCAGGGAGGCGGAUUUAGACGGCGACGGAAUGGUGGAUUAUGAAGAAUUCGUGACAAUCCUGACGUCGAAGAAUUAGUUCGGUGGCCAUGGUGCGAAUAAGAAGCUAUCCAGCUGCCGGAAGUCUCCGUCGAAGAAUAGAAUCAAAAUCGCUGAUAAGUUCCUCCCAAAAAUCGUAGCGAAAUGGUCAUCCUCUCGAACACCACCAUCGAAGACAUCGAUGAAAAGUCGUGAAGCUAACGAUAUGGAAUAGUUGUCGAGGGACUCUUUGAAGGUUAUGAAACGAAAAACGCUAUACCCUCGAUCCAGCAAAGAGAACGUUUAAGCUUAUGGUGCACGACACUUUCUCCGCAUGAAAGUAAGUGAUACCGAAAGACUGAAAACCGUGUCUUGAGCGGUGGAGUAGCGGGUGAUGGGUGACACGCUGACAAGUUCCAAGGGAGACAGAUAAGGGGAGAGAGAGAGAGAGAGAGAGAGAGAGAGAGAGAGAGAAAGAGAAAGAGAGAUAAGAGAAACAGGAGGGUGACUUCCGCAGUUGCACACACAUACACGCAUACACACCUCGCUCCUUCGAAUUAAUUUUACAACUAUAAGCUAGCGAAACGACAUUAUACGUGAAAACGAGUGAGGUGCUCGCUCCCGAAACAAUCAACUGAGCUUCGUUUAGCGUUUACCUACCUACUACCUAUACUCUCUAUUAAUGCUAUACAACGUCGUUAUUAAUAUUAUUAGGAAUCACUCGAUCCUUUUCCAUCCUUCACCGAUUUCAUUUACACGAUACUUGUGGCAUGACGAUCUCGUAAAUCGUUCAAACGCGAAUCGCUAUCGAUGGCCUAAAGUGUACUCUAGGAUCGCACGCAAUGCUGACGCGACGUGGCAUCGAAUAGUACAAACGGUACUGGACCGAAGUGGUCUGUUUGUUACGCGAAAAAUAAUGCUCGUUGAGAUAGGAUUAACGAUAUCCGCGGAAUAUAUCGUGAAACUAAUUGACGACGUCCGAUCGAUAUCGGUACGCUGGGAUUGGAAGGUGGGAUUCUUCGGAUACACGGAUCCACGGCGAAACGAUCGAGACACUUGUCAUCCCUUUCACUUCACUUCUGUCGUUCGAUCGGUAUUGUUCCUCCAAUUUUGUAGAUUCGCUUGUAAACGAGACGAAUCCUGCCCCGACUCGUUGUUCCAGUCGAAUUUCGGGUAACAUUAACAGUCAUUAACAUUCUAGCCGCGGGACUCGAUGCGAGAUAGCUCUGUAACGACCUGUCUUCGAAUUUAGAUGAAUGUUGUUGGCAAGUAGAUUAGUUUUAACGGCGAUAUACUCUCGUGGCAGAAUUUUUAGACGCAUGUUACGGCGGGAUGCCAAAAAGCAGUCGCUGGAAAGCAAGAAUCAAUGCAAACAGUAGCGAAAUUUCCUUAAGUGUACAACACCGAUCGUAGGAUUUCUUCGGUUUUAGUUGCGAACCUUUUGUACCAGAUUUUUUCCACGCUCGAAGAAAGAGCUGAGAAUCUCGCGAGUGUUACCGCUCUUGUUGUUAGUCCCGAUGCGAGCUUAGACCCUCACCUAUGUCAGCUCUCCUUAUACCGAACACCGUCCACCCAAAAUCUCGACAUUCGAUCCCACCCACAGGCCAACCGUACUACGUCGUGCACCCUUAGAUCCUUAAGAUAUGAAGCCACAGCCGUAGGUCGCGGUAGAGGAUAGUUAAUUAGCGCAUAGAGGAAGUACGUACACGUAAUAAAUGAUGCAUUAUACACAUACCUAUUAUAUAUACCUAUACAUGGUGUUACUACCGAAGAUAAUUGAAGUAACGUUAUUAUGGAUAUUCAUAUAUAUUUAGUAUAUACUUAUACAUACAUACAUACGUACAUAUAUUAUAUAUACAUAUACACGUUAGCGACGUACGUCGGUGGUAUACUGGCAUUGAUAUUUUUAUGGUUUUAAAAAAAAUACAAGAAGAAGAAGAAGAACAAGUAUUAGUGUCAGAAAGAGAGAGAGAGAACGAGAGAGCGAAAAUGUGCGAGUGAAUGAGAGAGAGAAAUAGGAGUGAAAGAGAGCGAGAGAAAGAAAUACCGGUUGGUUGGUCGAAGCGCGGAAGAGAAGCGCGUGUAUAUAAUGAAACAUUCAGGAGGGAGAUGCGGGGAAACGGGAUAAAAUAAUAAGAGCUCUUAUAAGCGUAUUACAGGCGAUUCGUUUUAUCCUUAAUGAGUGUCGACGGAUGGUAUGCGAAUAUUACUAUUGUUAUCGUUGGUAAUGUUGGUGGUAAUAGUUGGAAGCGGUGAUUUCACACACGUACACACGACAUACACAUAGAGAUAGACAAUAAUUGUGUUUUUUAGUUAGGUAACACGCAUAUAGUUACAUUGCGUUGUUCGGCUCGACCGCUGAGUAGGUAAGCAACGAGAUUGCCAACAUCGCGAUACGAUUUCAAGUUUCGGAAAGCUUGUCUUCGGAAAACUCCGCGUACUUGCCUAAUUACGCGAUCGUCCUUUUCGGUUGCCUCACGCCCCUGACCUACGGUGCAGAAAAAUUCGAAAAUAAAAUCAACGAGAUCAACUUCGUUUCUUUUAUCGCUGAUCCAUUCCUUUGCAAAAGUCGACCCGAAGAUUUAAUCGCGUCACGCGUUCCUUCUCGGGUCGAUGAAAAAUUCAGUCGCAACACUUGUGUCGAAAUUAUCGUUGAAUUUAUGUUCAGGACCGUCCGACAUCGGCGUGACGCAAAGCUACGCACAACGUAAUUCAAAAAGCCGCGGGCUGUGCAAACUACAAAA